AUGAGAAUCCUGAAGCUGGCAGAGCUCAGGCUUAUCGCCUCUAAAUGUGGUAUAUCUAGCCAGGGAGUCAAGGCUGCCCUGAGCUCACGGAUUGAUAAAGCACUCCACGCCCUUCCCCCACCACCCACCCAGCCUCGACGCAUCCUCAGCAUCGACCUGGGUAUUCGAAAUUUGGCUUGCUGUACCCUCGAUCUGAAACCCCAUUCUACCGUACCGUCCCUAACCUCUUGGAAUCUAUCAUCUCUUGAGUCGGCUUCGGAACCGGCAGCGGUGCUCCAAGCCCGCGAUGCAUUCGAUCCACACUCCAUGUCGCAAAUGACAUACGCCCUCGUCCGCCAACGCCUCCUCCUUGACCGUCCUACACAUAUCUUGAUUGAACAGCAGCGCUUUCGCACUCGAGGAUUCAAGUGCAUCGCCGAAUGGACUAUCCGCGUUAAUGUUCUAGAGGCCAUGCUUCAUGCCACCCUAUGCACUCUACGCGCCGAGGGUAAAUGGGCCGGAGAUUAUGAAUCCGUCAUCCCGGCAAUGAUUGGUCCUUUUUGGUCUCAUAGCCUCAAGGAUAUUCUGGUGAAGAGUAAGGACGUACGGAAGCAACAAAAGCUGAAGAAAAUCGAGUUGGUGAGAGGCUGGCUAGAACAAGGCACCCCAUUUUUCACCCUCGGAAGCGAAGAGGUCAAGGUUAUAAGUAAAAGAUACCAAGAUAAAUGCAAUCAACCACGUCGUCAAGCUGUCAAAAAUAAUCAAGCGGAAGAGGCGAGCGUUCGCCUGCAAAAACUAGACGAUAUGGCAGACGCCCUACUGCAAGGUCUAGCAUGGAUUCACUGGGAUCAAAAUAAGAGAGUUGCGGCAGAAAAAGGACUGAAAAUUCUGCUGGCACCAUAA